AAAGCUAGGAUAGAAGGUCCACCUGACAAGUAUGUGAAGACAGGUAGUGAGCUGACUUUGACGUGUUUGAUGUCCCAAGGACCACACGACUUGGGUACAGUGGCGUGGUACCGUGAUAAUCAGCCGGUAGUGACAUCACCUAAGAACGAGAACGACGUGGACGCUGAACCACGGAUCAAUGUGGAAACAGUGUGGAGCGAUGCCCUGACGUCCAGAUUAAAGAUUAUCUACGCAAAGCCUAGUGACUCGGGAAAUUACAGUUGUGUACCAACAGUAGCGGAUAGAGCGAGUAUCAAUGUUCACGUUAUUAAUGGUGAACAUCCUGCGGCAAUGCAGCAUGGGAAUACAGCUGUCAGUAAACCAGCACCCUAUCUUCUACUUACCCUAAUUCUGUGCCAAUUCAGAUAAUAUGAUGCGCCGUGAUUACAGUGUGUACCAGAAAGAGAGAAGAAUUAUUGUGAAUGUGAGAAUGCACUAUAAUGCGCGGGUGUGCGACAGAUAAAACAUAUUAGGGAAUAAAGAAUGAAUUAUGAGAGGAAGCGAGUGAAAAGGGGGGAAAUUGUCAGAGUGAUUGUUACACCAGUGUAUGUUUAUGUUCUCCAGUAUGUAGAUGCAACGAGGAAAAUCAAAAAAAUGAUUGAUUUGUAUAAAUUGAGACAUUGAUGAGACAUUGAGACAGCAUUGAUGACAAUUCUCCAUUGCUCAAACGUCGCGACCAUAUUUUUCUGAGUGUCUCUUUUCGAAACGAUGAAAUAGAAUGUUUUAACGAAUGUAUCAAGAGUUGACGAAAAACAAAAAAACUAGAGGCAAGACGAGAAAAACGCACCUCAGAUGUGUUUCAAAACCCGGUAUUUUCCUCGAGCGUCGUUUUUGAACAAUUAAAAUUGCAUUAGGGAGUGCUCCUUUUCACAAUUGAGAUCCGCUCCCGACGUCUCUUCCACCUUUUAUCCAGCUGGAAGAUGAAAGGAGGCAGCAGGUGAAAACUAUCAAACGUGACAGAACACAAGCCAAGACGUUAAAUGAAUGAACGAAACUGAAGAAGUAAAAUAAAUAAAGAAGACAGAGAGGGAAUAACAAUAUUGUCUGUAGGUACCGACGCGCGACCUCUUCCAAUGAUCAUUCGACGGCUCCACCCAAUCCUCAACUGCGAAUUUUCCUUUUCUCCAAACCGACAUUUUUUAACCCACUGCAAAAUUCUCUUCAUACCACCCUUCGUGUUCUUCCGAUCCCCUUCCCCUCUCCGCCCAUCCCUUACCAUCCAAAGUCUAUUGUCCAACUCCCCUUCAGCACCUUUGGAAUCCUCGAUAACUUCCAGAGAAACGAGAGUCUCAUUAUUAUGCUUGGGAGGUUGAGAAUUAAAAAAGAAAAAAUGGAUAAUAUAUACGAUGUGGAGUUGUGCUUUUCUCUCAAAGCUGAGAAUAAUCACAAGUUUUUACCUGUCUCCUUUUAUCUCUUAUACCUUCUCCUACAUGACCAUAGAAUCGCACAGUGUUAAAUGUCAAAUAAGUGUCACGUUAUAGGAGAAAAUAACGAGAAAUUUUAAAAGGAAAUAAAAGCAGAUAAAUAAUGAUAAUGAAACAGAUGUUUCUAUCCUGAAAAUUAAUUUCUAUGUGAGUUGAGUUGUCGAAAAAAGAAAAAUCCACUAAAAACCAUUUACAUACCUAAGACAUUACCUAUGAGUAAGAAAUUAAAUAUUGAUUAUAUGAAAAUGGUAGGAAGUAACAAAUGGGAAUCACAGUGAAAUGAUUCACGAGAACAAAAAAAAAUUGACAAAAAAAGAUUGAAAAAUAACAUUUCCAUGAAAACGAACAUGAAAUCACCCCGUUUUUAUUUUUUGGUACGGCAAAUAUGGCCCGGCUGUGUUUACUAUUUUAGUCUUGUUUUUCAUGUCCAUAUUUUCAACCUUGUAUAUAAUAUUUUACUCUUGUAA